CCUUCCUCUCAGCAGCUACAUGAGCUCACAGGCUGAAAUCAGUGAGAGAAUGAGAGCUAUCCUUAUCGACUGGAUUAUCGAGGUACAGUACAGGCUUACUCUAAUGCCAGAGACACUUUACUUGACCGUCUACAUCAUCGACCAGUACUUAUCUAUGGAGAGUGUACCAAGAAAGGAGCUGCAGCUCGUCGGCAUAAGUGCCAUGCUGAUAGCAAGUAAGUACGAAGAGAUAUGGGCUCCACUGGUUAAGGACUUGAUGUGCCUCUGUGACAACGCAUUUACCAGAGACCAGGUUCUGACCAAGGAAAAGGCCAUCCUGGACAGGCUCCAUUGGAACCUGACGGUUCCAAUAAUGUACAUGUUCAUUGUUAGGUACCUGAAAGCCGCAAUGUGUGACACAGAGCUUGAGAACAUGGCAUUCUUCUACUCCGAGCUGGCAUUGGUCCAUUACGCGAUGCUGGUUUACCCUCCAUCGGUGACCGCAGCCGCUGCCGUCUAUGCUGCCAGGUCUACACUUGGGAUGAAUCCACCGUGGACUGAUAUUCUGGAACAUCACACUGGCAUAGUUGAGCCACAGUUACUGUACGUCCUUCGAUGA